AUGGACCCCAUCGACCACUCUGUUCGAUACAGAGUGCGACCCCGCUACCUCCGUAAUGGAAGAAAUUUCAACAUCGGAUUCCCCGCACGCCGCUGCGCCUUCGGCGCCUGCGACGCGCGAGAAGAUGAACUGCAAUCGCUCAAUGAAUAUUUUGAUCAAUUUGGUUUUAUUUAUGACAUCAAUUAUUUGAAAUCUAUACCAAAAGAGGAUCUUCUCAAACAUUGUAAUGAUUUAGGUACAAUACUUCGGGAAGACGAAAACAGUGACAUACAGCCUUUUGAAUUAUAUGAAGAACUUCAGCUUUUAAAAUCUAAUUCACUAGACUCUAUCAACGACGCGAAACAACUCAUCCAUCACAUUCUAGAAAAUAAUUUAGAAGAACAUACACAUGCAAAGGCAGUUUUUUGUCCACUUCGAUUUCACUGCGAAAUUAGCUGUUUUUUUCCUGAGAAAUUAAAUACGUUGGGUCGCUGCUUGCUACGAGUGGAUGGUUGCAGUGGAGAAAAUUGCAUUACACGCCCGGCAGAGUGAACCGAGCGAGACGCGGAGUGUUGCUGGUGUUACUAAUACAAGCUAUAUUUACU